GCAGACCAAUUUGUCAUGGCGCCCGGGCUGUUAGGUUUAUACGCUCGCGGCCUUUUGGCAGCAGCGGCGACGGCUGCCCGGGUUCGCUGGGAAUCCAGCUCCGCCAGGGCUGUGAUCACCCCGUCCACUGUGGUGGGAAAGCGGGCACCGGAACCGACAAUGCGCUGGCAGGAGGACCCGGAUCCCGAGGACGAAAACCUCUAUGAGAAGAACCCAGACUCCCAUGGCUACGACAAGGACCCUGUUAUGGACCUAUGGAACAUGCGGGCUGUAUUCUUCUUUGGCUUCUCCAUUGUCUUGGUCUUUGGCACCACCUUCGUGGCUUAUCUGCCUGACUACAGGAUGCACGAGUGGGCCCGUCGGGAAGCUGAAAGGCUUGUAAAAUACCGAGAGGCCAAUGGCCUUCCUAUCAUGGAAUCCAACUGCUUUGACCCCAGCAAAAUCCAGCUGCCAGAGGAUGAGGACUGAAUGGAUGCCUAGUGAAGCUCAAGAAGCACCGCCUUCUCUACCCCCUGCUUGCCAUUCUGCCCUCUUCUCAGAGCACCUUAUUAAAGGGACUGAAAAUCUGA